AUGGCUCGCCGGUCACAGAGCUCCUCCCAAGGGGACAACCCUCUGGAUCCCAACUACCUGCCGCCCCACUACAAGGAGUACUACCGGCUGGCGCUGGACUUGCUGGCAGAGGAGGGCAAGGAGAGCUACCACCGGUUUCUGGCGGAGGAGGCGGCCCCGGAUUUCCUCUGCCCCUCGGAGGUCGAGCACAUCACGCAGCACCUGCAGAAGCCGCAAUGCACCUCUCAGGAGGGAGGCGGCAGCACGGACUCCAGCCCGCCGGACGCGGACACGGACGGUUCCUCAGGCACUUACUGGCCAAUGAACUCUGACCUGGCCGUUCCAGAGCUGGAUCUGGGCUGGCCAAUGGUCUUUGGGUUCCGGGGAACAGAGGUGACUACUUUGGUACAGCCCCCACCCCCGGAUAACCCCAGCAUCAAGGAGGAGGCACGCCGAAUGAUUCGGGCUGCACAGCAGGUGGUUGCUAUAGUAAUGGAUAUUUUCACCGAUGUGGACCUCUUGAGCGAGGUACUGGACGCGGCUGCACGCAGAGUUCCCGUCUACAUCCUCCUGGACGAGAUGCAUGCCCCGCUCUUCCUGGACAUGGCUGCCAAAUGCAGAGUGAACCUCAACUUUGUGGAAUUCCUACGUGUGCGGACAGUUUCUGGCCCCACCUACUACUGCCGCACGGGGAUGUCCUUCAAGGGCCAUGUGAAGGAGAAGUUCUUGCUGGUGGACUGCAUGGUGGUGCUGAGUGGCAGCUACAGCUUCAUGUGGUCGUUUGAGAAGAUCCACCGGAGCAUCGCUCAUAUCUUCCAGGGUGAGCUGGUGGCCAGCUUUGACGAGGAAUUCCGCAUUCUUUUCGCCCAGUCGGACCCGCUGGUUCCUCCGUCCAACGUUUUAGUGAGGACAGAAACUCCGGUGGGGCCCUACAGCAUGGCCCCCUUUGGCAACAACAUGCCCUUCUUUCCAAAGAAGCCGCACCUGCUUUUCCCCCGAGAGGACAACCUUUUCUCGCCUUUCACGGACCGGAUUGACCCGGACAGGUAUUUCCUGUCUUCUUUGAGAAGAGACGACAUGCUGCGUCACACCUUAGAGGGUUCGGCCAUGAGAAUGUACUCCAAAAAAAUGGAAAUGGAGAAUUGCCAGGUGGACCCUGUUCGGGGCUACCUCCGUUCCAAGCAGCUGGAGAUGGACUCAUUUAAAAGGCACAGCUUCGCGGAAGGCACCUUUGAGAACUUUCAGUCCACAAAGCAGUUUUCUAAGCAGUUGUUCAUGAACAAUUUGGAUGACUUUAAAAUUCAGUCCAGUCAUUUUCAAAAAGAUCAGUUUUAUCAGUAUCAGUUUGAACAUCCCCACGGGGCUCACAGGCCCCAGGGGCUUUUUGAAAGAAUUCGAGGAAGCAGACUGGGAUUCAAUGAACCAGAAGAUUAUGCAGAUGGAUUUAGGUGUCCAGAACUGGAAUCCAAUUUCCCACAGGAUGGGUACCCACUGCGGCUGGAUUAUGUGCCUUCCAAUUCUUCUAAAGAAGUGCGACACGGCUCUGACCACCUGAAUCCAGGAGGAAACGGUCUCCUCGGUCUUCCCUCGCUCAGAAGGCAGAACAUGGGGCAGAAGUUUAUGUGCCAGACGUCUCCCACGCAGAAGCAGAGCAUGGAGCAGAGGCUUUUCCUGCACGACCAGGGCCAGGAGGCAGAGCAAGACAAGAAGGUUCAGGAGAACAGGGCAGGGUUGCGCAACUGGAGAAUUUCCUCCUACCUCAGCGGGUAUCAGUCUGACCCGGGAGAGGAAGGCCUUCCGAUGAUGCCGGUCGAGUCGGAGAUGCAUAACGAGGUACUUAGCUCUCCAGAACCCUUUAGCAAGUAUCCCAGCGACCUCCUCCCCACUUUCAAACCUCCGCUUCCACUUCCAAAUGCCAAAGACAUUUCCAGAACGGAGAGAUUGCCAGAAGAAACCUCGGUGGUGAAACAGGAUCCCUUCAGGAGCAGAAUAAAUCCCUUGAUCCAGAGGAGUUCGCGACUGAGAUCUUCCCUUAUUUUUAGUGCUGCCAAAUUAGACCAGCCAAACUCAUCCGCUGAGAAAGUCCAAAUGGUACAAAAAGAGGAGACCUCCACCGAGGCAGUCAAGGGCACUGAAACCCUAAAAGCCACCACUGUCUCUAAAGUGGCCGAGCUGCUGGAAAAGUACAAGUCGGUGGGCAAAGACUCGCAAAGCCCCACCCUCAGUCACACCAAGGCUAUGUCUGCCUUUCUCCAGGAAGAAUCCCAGAAUGCAGAAAAAAAGUACACCAAGUCGGUGCAGUACAAGAUUCUGGAGAGCCGGGUGCGGGAGGACUCCAAAGACUCCUUCAGCCCCUACAAGCUGCACCCGGAGUCGGAGGAGCAAUUUAGGGGGUUUGCCUCGGCCACCGACAUGCUUAGUAAGGACCCCCUGGCCCACGGGAGCAAUAAAACAGAUAAGCUUGCUUCUCGAUUCUACCCAGUAGACCAAUCCAGCCUUCCAGGGAAGGAGAGCCUAAUAUUUGUGGGAGAAACUCAGAAACCUGCCAUACCAGAGAGGGAGGAAAACUUGUCUUUCAAAGGAGGAGACGGGUCUGAAGCUGAAGGCCAGAAGCCAGCACAAGCCCCAGUCAGCACCAUCUCCUCCAAGAACCAGGGCUCUGACAGCUCUCUCAGUAAGCCCGACGAAGAAAUUUGCAAGCAGGAACAGAGUCCAAGAGAGUUUUUUAGGAAAGGAUCUCUCAAGCUAAAGCAGUUGCUAAAUCCCAAAGCUGAGAAAAAAACAGACGAAGAAACAGGCCCGGAGAGCUGGAAGCCAGAUAAACUGAGCGCAGGAGCCCUCAAGCGAAUGUCCCGGAGUGAUUCUCAGGAGAUUAUAGAGGAGGAGAAAUCGCCCAAACUGGCCGCACCAGUGCCUGUCUACAAGGCGAACCCAGCGCCUCAGCCGCGACUGCCCUCCGCCACGGCCAACGUCCUGUACAGCAGCAACCUCCGGGACGACACAAAGGUCAUUCUGGAGCAAAUUUCGGCCAACAGCCAGAAGAACCGGGCAGAGUUGGCCAGGCAGCUCCCAGCGGCCAGCAAUCCUGAGCUGUCCAGGUCCGCCACAAGUUUAGACCGCAGAGGGGAAGAGAGGCACGCGGGGGUCAGCAGGUCAGAGAGCUUUGGGAGCCAUAAGCGGGGCCUGCAGAGGGAGCCUUCCGAGGACCGGGAUUCUCUUCUGAAGCGGAUGGAGAGCAUGAGGAAGGAGAAGCGAGUCUACAGCCGCUUCGAGGUUUUCUGCAAGAAGGAGGAACAAAGCGAGGAGGAAUGUGAGACAGACGCCAAAGACAAGAAGAUGGGGAAGUUCAUGCCAAAACUCCUGGGGUCCUUCAAAACCAAAAAAUGA